AAUAAAUCUAUAUAAAAAUUAAUUUAUAUUUCCACAGUAUUCCCAAUGAUUAUGGAUUAAAAACUACAAUGUUUAAAUUAAUCACUCCUGGUGAAUAUGAUUCAGAUGAAGAUCUAACUUAUAAUAUGCAAGAUUAUAACAAAAAAAUAAAAUCUGAAAAUAUAUUUUCAUUGACAAAAAAUGAAAAUAUUGUACAUAAUUUAAUUACAAAUGAAAACAAAAAUAUUAUUUUUAAUGAUGAUACAGGAGAAAUUAUAGAUCGCCAUGAUUUUAAUUUAAGAUGUAUUCAAAGUACAUCAAUGAAUACUAAAAAAGAAAACGAAAAAUUCAGUAAAACAGAAGAAAACAAAAUAUAUGAUGAGAAUAAUCAAGAAUUUUAUAUCAGGAAUACAGAAAACGAAUUUAUAAUCAGAGAAAAAGAUAAAAAUACUAAAAUAGAAUUAAAAAAUUUGACAAAAAAAAAAAGUUUAAAAAAAUUACUUACUUUUCAUGAUGUUAAUAAUAAAUCAGAUUUAAUUGUACUUUUAAACAAAGAAUCAUAUCCUGGUUUGGAUAAAUUACGAUGGAAUAUGAUUAGAAAUAAAAGCAAAAAAUUACUAGAUAAAAUAGAUGUUUGUUCUAAUGAAACAAAACAAAUCUAUUUAUUUAAAAAAAUAUUGAAACGCAUAAAAAAGUGGAUUGUAUAAAUAAAUUCAAUCUGUAUAAAAAUUAGAUUAAAAGAAAAAUAUAA